AUUAUUGACAUGUUUUUGAUAUGCUGAAAAAUAAGUCAAUGUUAAAACAAUUACUAAUACAUGGUACCAAUAUGAAAUUGAUUUAGACGACAUAAUAUUUACUUACAAUAUCUGAAUAUAAAUGAAUUCUUUCAACUGAUAUAAUUAUGGUUUCCUUUUAUCGUAUGAUUUAAAGUUAGUACUGUAAUGUUUUGCAAUAAUGUCUUUAAAACAGAAUUUGUCAUACAGAGAACAACAAUAUUCGUUAACGCUAACGAAAGAACAAUGUGAUAUUAUUGCUAAGUUAGCGAACGUAACCAUUGCAUAUAAUGAUAAGAAAAAACCUGGUGAAAGCCUAAUAAAAUAUUUAGAUAGAAGAGGACUCUCCAUAGAAGAAUAUAAACAACUGUUAGCCACUGUGUUACAUUCUACAAAAACAAUAUUCACAUACUAUAAGCCACAAUCCAAGAUAGCUAUCCUAAUAGCUAAUGAUAAAUAUGAUUAUUUGUCAAAAUUAGUGACACCAUCAAUUGACUGUGAAUCUUUAGGAUCAAAUUUAAGAAAUUUGGGCUUUAUUACUGUUUCCAUUAGAAAUACAAAAAGUGUAGAGCUAAAAAAUAAUCUAUCAAAAGUGUUUGAAUUAAUUCCGGAAGAUUCAUAUUGUUUUAUCUUCUAUGCAGGACAUGGAUGUGAAAUCUGCAACACUAAGUGCUUAUUGGGCAUAGAUUGUCCAUCAGAAAACAUAACUUUCGACCAUUGUGUUACUGAAAAUUGGCUGUUAAGAGAGGUCUCAACAUGUAAGCCUGAUCUUUGUGUGUUGAUCAUGGACAUGUGUAGAAUAUAUUUAGAUAAACAAUCAAACCCUGAGAUAUUCAAAGGCAUAUACAAUAUUGAAGAAUAUACAUUAGAUAGCAAUUUAAUAAUUGGUUAUUCUACUCAAUCUUCGAAAGCAGCAUAUGAAGUUUUACUAAUCGAGUGUUCAACGACUAUUGAUAAUAGUGUGACAUAUGAGCUAAAAACCGGUGAUACUGAGAAAAUAGUGCCUGGUUCUAGCCAGUAUGUAAAUGCAUUGUGUUCAAGAUUAUCUGAGAAUCAUGAUGUUAGCACCUUAUUGGAUAAAGUUCAUGCUGAUGUGGAGGGUUGUAUGAAGAAACAAAGGCCAAUAAAAUUACAAUGUGGAUCUUCAAAAAGGUCUUUGUGGGACCCUGUAAAAGAUAACACAACUCAAUUAUUGGGAAUAAUAAGAAGUGCCUGCAAAGAAUUUCAUGAUCAUUGUGAUGUAUUUUAGACUUUUGGAAAAAAAAAUCUAUAUUGUUAUUGAAAGACUUCUAUCUGGUGCUGUAUGAAGAAAAAAAAGAUUAUUGAUUAUGUUGUGCUACAUAUUAAUAGUGCAUGUUUGUAAUAAGGAAUUUUAAUAAGAUCAAUAAAACAUUUUUCAAACAUAA